UAUGCUUACUUUUCUAUUGUAUACGACUAUCUACACGGCUUACAAUUAGACGAAUCCUCUAUCUGUUCAUGAUUCUUCUGGCUACCAGACACACAUCGUCAUUCAAAUCGCCAUCGGUGCUACCAUUGUGUAGAAACAAGCAUAAUUUCAACCCUUUGUAUGGUUGUUAUUUAAGGAGAUCGGUGAAUAUAUUAUCUUCGCGUUAUGCUGUUCCUGGUAUAUCAAGGAAGAGUGAGUGUUUUGUAACAUGGCCAGCAGAACGCAUUAAUCUGUAUACCAGCCCAAAGAGGCCAUUUCGUUGCUUUACUAAUACUUGUCCUACUGCUGACAUUGGUAACAGCCAGGAUUCGAGAAUGGUAUACAUAGGGGAGAAUUAUGUGCUCACCAGGCACACGCCGGACAGUGAUAACAUCACGCUAACCAUUAAUUGGCGUGGCCGAGAAGUCAAUAUGGAUAGGCGGAAGUAUGAACCUAUAGAAACGACUAUUACUCGUCUUAAAAGAUCCCUAUACAAGCUUGAUAUGGCUAACAACCAGAAGGAGAAUAUCUCCAUAGAUCCAUCUAACGAGUCGUCGGCUCCAAGAGCAUCCUUUGAAUCUUGUGCUUUAGAUUCCACGAUCCCAGGGACAUCUCUGUCAACUAAUGGUACAAAUAGUAACGAUCCGCGUCAGAAAAAUACGGCAACCACACCAGACUGCUAUUCUAUAUCUUUUUUGUCGAGUUCAUUUGAAUGUUUCGAUCAAAAGAGCUCGCUCCUCGAGGUAGCACAGAAUGCGUCGUUUCUUUCGUUAAAUGACACUUUACUGCAGAUAUUCAAUAACGUGUCGCGUAUUUGUGAUGUAUUCCUGUCAUCAAGGGCAAUGGUCGGUUGUCCAUUAACAGUACAGAUACAGAGUGAUGGUUCUUUGAAUUAUGAUGACGUUGUUAUUGACUGGUGGGACGAUAGGGGACAGUUAUUACAUCGGGGUCCCGUGUAUAUUCCACCUGAGUUCAUGGCUUAUCGCGUGGUAAAGGCAAUAGUGACGCACAAUAGGUUGCCAUGGAACUUCAUGGAAUCUGAUUUCUGUCGGGUAUUCGAUGCACCUAUUAAUCGUUGGCAGUAUGAAAGAAUAAUGUUAUUUAACACGUCGCCGGUGGGAAAUGCAACAUCUCCUUUGCAAUCGGACUCCAUGGAUUUACGUGUCAUGUCUUUUAACAUCCUCUCUCCUACAUACGUUGCUACUGAUGAAGCUAUACAACGCUUUUUUCCUUACUGCCCUCAUGAAUGGCUAGACAGCAGCUAUCGCAAUCCUUUGAUUCUAAGGGAGAUCUUCUUAUUACGCCCGCAUAUUCUGUGUUUGCAGGAAUGUGCUACAAGCGCUUAUCGUAACUAUAUAGAGCCAGUUCUGGGCCAACAAUACUAUUCGUGGUUGACUAUAAAGAACACUACUUCGGAUGAAGGUUGCUGCAUAUUCAUAAAGAAGGACAUAUUUGAUGUGGUUGAUGUACAGAGUUUAAUGUUCAAGGAGCAGAUUCUUAGACCUGAAUAUUCUGACCUUUUAAAUCGUAUUGGGGCGCCAAAUUGGUUGAAUUACGAUGAGAAGACUUAUUUUAGCAAAUUCCAUACUGUUUUCCAACUAGGAUGCUUUGUGAACAGAUCUAAUGAAAAGUCCAACUACUUGUUUUUAGCGAAUUCGCAUUUAUAUUUCCACCCAAGUGGCAAGCACAUUCGUUUGUUACAGACUUAUGUCUUACUUUAUGAGCUGGAGCGUUUCAAGAAAAGAUGUGGUGAUAAGUUCGGGUUUGACAUAGAAACGGAGUCUGUAACUAUUAUUUGUGGUGACUUUAACUCCUUUAGUAGUGAAGGUGCCUAUCACCUUGUCGUCAACGGUUGGAUUCCAUAUCACCAUGAGGACUUUGAAUAUGGUCUUCGGUAUUCUCACGAAAGGUUCAUUCCGUCAGCGCAAAACAAGCAAUAUUUAGAUUCUCGGAUGAAUGGUACACCCUAUAGCUUCGGUGAACAAAGUGAAAGACUAGAGGUACCUAAUUACCAAGGAUACCAUGAUGCUUAUUCCGGUCAUGAACUUCCAUUCACCAACUUCGUGAAGACUUUCUCCGGUACUCUGGACUAUAUAUUCCACUCUAACAAUAUAAAGGUUAAGCGUUGUUUACCUGGUAUUACUACUAGGGAUGCUCAGGAGUAUGAAGGAUUACCGUCUAAAUUAUAUCCGUCCGAUCACAUAUCAAUAGCAGCGGAUUUUUAGACAUUG